AUGGAGCCGAAGACCGGCCUUGUUCUUGGCUACAAUGGGGUCCACCCCUUUUCGAAGGUGGAAAUCACCGACCGCGCCUCUGUUCAGGAACUUCUGAGAACUCUCCUUGACCCCCUCGAGCCGUUCUUCUCUCCGCUAAAGGCCAGAGUGAGAUGCCCCGGCGCUACGGCCGUUAGAUUCGACCAGACCGCCUCCGAGGUGGAAGGCAUUUGUCGACCGCUCUGGGGCCUGGCUUGUCUGUUGGCUGGAGGUGGCGACUAUCACGGGACGGAAUGGUGGGUUCAGGGCAUCAAGUCGGGUACUGACCCCGAGAGCCCCGAGUACUGGGGAUAUCCUCGAGACAACGACCAGAGGAUGGUGGAAAUGUGUCCUUUGGGGUAUGCGUUAGCCGUCGCCCCUGUUAUCUGGAAGUCGUUGGAUGAGAAGGAGCGGCAAAAUGUCGAGAGCUGGCUAGGCAACUCGAUCAACGAGAAGGAUAUGCCCAAUACCAACUGGCUUUGGUUCCGCGUGUUCGCCAAUCUCGGACUGAAAAAGAACGGAGGGAAAUUCUCCCAAGAGAGGCUAGACAGCGACAUCGAGCAUCUCAAUACCUUCUACCGUGGCGGUGGAUGGUCAAACGAUGGCCCGGAGGGCAUUCAUCAGAUGGACUAUUAUUCCUCAAGCUUUGCGAUCCACUUCCUUCAACUCCUAUAUGCGAAACUCGCGGGCGAGGACGAGCCAGAACGAGCCGAGGAAUUCAAGAAGCGCGCCCAGCAGGUUGCGCUCGAUCUGGUCCACUACUACGACAACGAAGGUCGAUCCAUCCCCUUUGGCCGUAGCGUGGGCUAUCGGUUUGCUAUGGUAUCUUUCUGGGGCGCCCUCGCCUACGCCGGGGUCGAACUCCCCGAACCCCUGACGUGGGGGAUGGUCAAAGGCAUCGUCUUGCGGCACCUGCGGUGGUGGCAGACGCAACCCGACAUCUGGAGCCCAAGCGGGACGCUGGUAAUCGGGUACUCGUACCCGAAUAUGUAUAUGGCAGAGAAUUAUAAUAGCCCCGGCAGCCCGGUAAGUUUUACCUUCAAGGUUCUGCGAAAUGUCUUCAAGCUGACCCAAGAUGUCAAGUACUGGGCUUGCCUGGCCUUUAUUUGCCUGGCUGUACCAGAGAACCACCCGUUCUGGACCUCCGAAGAGCAGCUUCCCGGUGACGCGAUUCCCAAGAUAAAGGAGCUUCCGCAUCCUGGUCAUAUCGCGAGCUACCUCGGCGGCCACUGCAUGCUCCUAUCGUCGGGUCAGGCCUGCAGCUAUCCGAUGAAGGGCACCCACGCCAAGUACGGCUCCUUCGCGUACAGCAGCGCGUAUGCGUACUCGGUGCCGCCGGGCCUCUUCACGCUCGAGCAGUAUGCGCUGGCGUCGCAGCUCGGGUUCUCGGACGACGGCGGCGAGUACUGGAAGACGCGGCGCAAGUCGGAGUACGCCGGGCUCGAGCACCGCCUCGGAGACGGUUCUGGCGGCGGCGGCGCCACGCCCGUGCUCGUGUCCGUCUGGAAGCCGUUCCCGGACGUCGAGGUGCGCACAACGCUCGUCCCGCCGGACCCCGGGACGCCGAACUGGCACCUGCGCGCGCACCGCAUCGCCGCCGCCGGGCGCGAGGUCAUGACGGCCGACGGUGCCUUCGCCAUCUGCAACCGCCGCGCGCUCGACGACCGAUAUCUCGACCCGUACGACGCCGCGCGCGGCGAGGGUACGCAGCCCCGCAUCAUCGGCAACUACGACCUGGACGCGCCCGACGGCUGGGAGACGGGCCGGCGCGGCGCCUUCGCCGCCUCGAGGGCCGGCGCCGUGGGCAUCCGGGCGCUCGAGGACGAGGACAAGGUGGGCCGCGCCGCUAACCUCGUCAAUGCCGACCCCAACUCGAACCUCGUCGAGAGCCGCACCGUCAUCCCGACCCUCCAGCACACCGUGCGCAAAGGCCAGACCGUCUGGUACGUCUCGGCCAUCUAUGCGAAGCCCUCGGGCGAGGGAGUCCCCAAGGAGACCUACCUCGACGGCUGGGACAACCCGCCGCAGAUCCCCGCGUGGCUCAGGGCUGAGAUGGCCUCGUAGAGCAGACGCCGAGAGAUAAAGAGAGGGCAACGAGGAUAGGGUGUGCGCGUGGCUUGACGUCCGCCAUAGAUUCACGGUUGGUUUCUGGAGAGGAGUGCAGCAAAUGUCCUUGUUUUCUUUACAAAACAUAGGUACUUGCAGUAAACCUCAAAUAUUGCAUCUACUCCAGUGACAAAUCCAGCAACCAUGUUGAAUGCUGUCCUUUAGAAACCCCUGAUCAACCUCCCUUCUCACCAUACUCUUUUUGUGCACAUUCCCCCCUUUACGUAGGUAAUGCGAUGUAAGCGCAGCCAACGCCGACCUCGAUAAUGUUAAAAUUGGGCUCAAAGCAGGGGGAUGAGCUCCGAGGGAUGUCUGAGACUAUACUAUACCUACCAUAACGCGCCUCUUGUGUUACAAUCGUAAAGCAGCCCAUCCUCUGACGUACCUAUAUGUCAUCGUGUACCUAAAUCUCAACCUAUUCAGCC